ACGGGAUCGGGUUGCGCAGAACCCUAUUCAGCUUGGCCCUGAGCGUUUCCUGGGAUGGGACAUGCACAGCUUCUUUGGGCUAUUCCAGUGCCUCACCACUCUCAGAGGAAGCGGUAUCUGCUAACAGAAGAAGAUAUAAAGUUACAAGAAUUUCAACAGAUGAAAGUGGCAAUUAGGAAUGAAGUUCAUGGCAAUAAAGAUCCGUAUUUUAGAAGUAUUAAAGAAAAAUUAAAGAAAAAUGGAAUAAUUCUCAAAAAUGAAUUAAAAAAUUUACUGCAUUUAUGUCAGACUUCAUCUGAUGUGGAAUUAGCCAGAAAAGUUAUUUACAGGUAUUUUUUAAAAUCCAGGUACCAUGAACAGAAUGGAAUAACAGCCUUACAGAAUUUUAAAUUUGGGCCCCUCUUUAUGAGGCUAUGUUAUGAGCUAGACCUUGAAAGACCUGCAGUAGAACUUAUCAAAGAUCAGAAUUUGCAUGGUUUUUUCUCAGAGAGUACAUCAUUCCAUAUUUUGAUGACUAUGUUGUUUAAAAAAGGCCAUUUUGAAAGUGCUUUGGAAGUUCUGGUAGAAAUGAAAAAACAAGGUAUACCUUUCAACAAAGAAACAUAUCUACUUGCAUUUGCAAUAUGCUAUAAGCUGGACAGCCUGGAGUCUUCCAAAAUCUCUGCGAAAUUGCUUGAAGAAGCACAGCUGAAAGGUGACACCUUGUCGCUGCGAGCAUACUGCUUUGCCAUGGCAACUGCUCUCAAGCAGAAUGAUGUAGCACAAGCCAAACUUUAUUGCUCCCAGAUAAUGAAAACGGAGAACAAACUAUACAAUAAUCUUAAAGUUCUUGUCCAGCUCAGAUCUGGUUUGCUAGAAGAAGUAAUAAAGACACUAGAGGCAGCAGUGGAAGUAGAUACUCCUCCCUUUGUGAAAAAACUUGAGUUUUCUGAGCAGGUGCUGGCUACAGUCAGGGAAAAGAUGGAAGAAAACCCUAACUUUUCUGUCAAAUUAGGAGAUAUUUGUACGAAACUACAAGCUUCUGGACAGAUUACCGUGUGCACACUAGAAGACAUGCUUUUCCAGAUUCCUAGUUCAAAGAAGACUACUGCAAAGCUUUUAAGUCAGAAGCAAUUGGGCUAUCAGACUUCUAAUCCGCUUCAGUCAAAUCUGUUGUUGGAAUAGUGCAGUAUUUGGUGGCAAACUGAACUGCUGAUAGCAUCUCUUAGAAACCAGGUUCAAAUAAAAUGUCUUCUCCCGAUUUCCACAAUGAACAAGUGACCUCUUCUAAUUUUCUGAUAUUAAGCUUCCCAGCGUAGCAGAUCUUGGCACAAAUUUGCAAAGUUUCUUAGAGCAAGUACGAUCACACUUUUAGACUAUAAUGACUGUGAUGGCUUUAAUGGCUGCAGAUCAAAUGUGCUUGAUCUGUGAGUCCUGUACACCCAAAAAUCUGUACUCACUCACCAUCCAGAAUAGAAGGAGUCGGAAGCAGUUAUACCUUGGCUGGCCUUUGUGUGCUUUUGGUUUACUUCUGCCUAUGAAGUGAUGAACCUGUUGAUACAGAACUUGGCAGUCCUGUAAGCACUAGACUAGUAGGAGCCCAGCUUGGUACUCAUACUCUCCAAGCUGGGCUGCAUUAUCUCUCCUCUGGAUUCUGUUCUUUUUAUUUUGUCUCUGCUCUAGUCGAGCAAUGUCAGAACUCAGAGUAUACUUUCUGUGAAUGAAUCUGUGCAUGCUAUAUCAAACUUUGUUGAAGCCAGUGAAGCACUGUGGAGGAACAAGAACCCAUCCAUGCAGAAACACAGCUUCAAAGAAAAUGUGGCUACAGCACACCAGAGGUUUCUGUCUGAGACUCUCUCUGAUUUGUUGCUGUCGCAAUAUGUCCUGUUAAUACUAAAAUGCACAAAAACUGUUACACAGUAGAGGGAACUUCAUACAAGUGUAAGUGAAGAAUCAUUUGAAGUGUGUAUUACAUUUUUGUGAAUCACAUGCACACUGUUUAUGAGUGGUGGCAUGAACUAAAUACUACAUACAUCAGUCUAAGAACACAACUAUUACUUUUUCUGUAGUAUUGUGUUGCACAUAAUUCCACAUAUAGCUCAGGAGUAGAGUUUUUUAACGCUUUUCCCUCAGUUGGAAAUUCUUUUAAGGUUUCUUUCAAAUUCUUUCAAAACUAUAUGAACCCCUGAGAAGCUCCCAGUCUUUUCUCCACAAAUAAAUUUGAUAUGGGAUUUGUAAAGGCUGCUUGCAUUAUGGCAAGGACUAGUGGCAAAAAAUGUGGAGGGAUUAACUACUCCUCAGUUUACUCCAUUGGUAUUAUCAGGACAACUGUCUGAUGUCAUCCACUACUAUCAGGACAGCUGCUCGAUGCUAAGUUUAUAAAUGCCACAUCCAUUUAACCUUACACAGCAAAUAUGUAAGGUCAGUUCUGUAUUAAUUACAAGAAGUUGGUGCAUCCUGGGACUGCAUGUUUGCUUGUUCAUUCAAAUCUGAAUUGGAUAGCUUCCUACCUGAGGCUGUAUCCUACCUGCAACUGAAGUAAUGAUAACUUCUAUUAAAAUUGUCAAUAUAUCUGA